AUGUUGGAUAUAUACCAGAUCAACCUUGCAGGUCUGCUCCUCGCCUGCGGCACGCUCUUCGCCUCGGGAAGCCGGGAUAAGCAAAAUGUCGCCAAGAAGGAUGAAAAGAAGGACACCAAGCAGAAGCCCAAGAAGCAGGGCUCUCAAUGGGCCUUCUACGUCGUCUAUGCUCUCGCCAUGGGCUCCGACUGGCUACAGGGCCCAUUCCUCUACUCGCUCUACAAGAACGAGCACCAAAUCCCGUCGGACCUUGUUCCGACCCUCUUCACCACCGGCUUCGUCUCGGGUGCUGUGGCCGGUUACUUCAUUGGCUCUCUGGCCGACCGUCAUGGCCGCAAGGCGAGCUGCCUCUUCUUCUGCGCCGCCUAUGCCCUCUCCUGCGUCUUGACCACGAUCCCCAGCGUCCCGUUGCUCUUCCUCGGCCGCGUCCUCGGCGGUUUGGGUACGAGUUUGCUCUUCAGCGUCUUUGAGAGCUGGAUGGUGACGGAUUUCCAUGCCCGCCAACUGGGUGACCAGGGCCUGGACCUGUCCCGCACAUUCGGCAUGAUGAGCACCGUCAACAGCGUCGUUGCCAUUGUGAGCGGUGUCGUGAGCGAGUGGCUCGUCUCCGCAACGGGGACGCGCAAGGCACCCUUCCUGGCCAGUGUGGGCUUGUUGGUCGUUGCCGCAGGGGUCAUUGCUAGCCAAUGGGAUGAAAACUACGGCUCAGCGGGCCAAUCGUCAUCAGCAGCAUCAAAGGGCAAGAAGACCAGCCUCUGGUCCACAAUGACCGACAGCCGCGUUCUCGCCAUCGGCCUCGCCUCGACCAUGUUCGAAGGCUCCAUGUAUCUCUUUGUAGUCCUCUGGUCCCCCGUUCUCGUCUCGGCAUCGUCUUCCCCAGAGACCCUUCCCUACGGUAUCAUCUUUGCCUCUUUCAUGGCCUCGACCCUCCUCGCCUCUCUACUUUACCCGCGUCUCCUCGCUCUCGUCUCUACGCCGUCCCGGCUCCUGCUCUCGGUUCUUUUUGCCGCCAACGCCGUCUUCUUCGCCCUCGGCACGGGUGCACCGCGCGCGGAGCAGGUUACCUUUUGGCUGUUCUGCCUGUUCGAGGCCUGUGUUGGUCUGUAUUUUCCCUCCAUGGGGUAUCUCAAGGGAAAGGUCGUCGACGACGGUGUCAGGGCACAGGUCUACGGCGUGCUGAGGAUCCCCCUUAACGUCUUUGUUGUCGUAAGCCUGAUGUUCAGCAGCGAAGGGCAGGCGGGCAAGGUGUUUCUCGUUUGUGCCAUGUUGCUCCAGGCGAGCUGCGGCGCUUUGUGGCUCAUGGGCGGUCAAGACGCGUAG